CCUGACUCGCCAAACCCUAAUGACGGGUGGCCAAAUCGGGCGGCAGUGCGGCUACAACACUUCGCGGCGGCGCAGUCAAAUCGGGAACUGGAAUGACCAGCGCGGCCGAAUCGGAGACGUCGGGCAGCGAAGUCCGGACGCCGGAGUGGGGGUGGGGCAUAACUGGAUGCCUGGACCGUCUGGGUGCCGUUCCUGCCUGUGGCACGCCCUGCUCAUGCGGCCGGCCGGCCGGCGUUGUAGAGCACAGCAGCACGCGCACGGUCGCACGGCAGCAGCGUGCAGCAGGUAUUCCAAUCCUCAUUCCCCAAUCUCUGUUUCAAUCUUGAAUUCAUGAUCCACCAUUCGUCUUAGAUUCGUAGAUGCGUAACUUCUUGGGCCCAAGAAUGAAAAACAACUUAAUUCCUGUGCAACUUGCUGUUACAAAAUUCCAGAUUGUACAAGAACCGCCCGGAUUUGAAGAGGGGAUUUUUCAGUAGGAACAAUGAUGUUGUAUUUGAUGACAAAACAUUGUACAAUACAAAUAAAUUGGAGCAUUUUAAUUGGAGACUCCAGAGCCUCCAGUAUAGGAAUUCUAACAUGUUUGUGCUUUUCUCAUGAGCAGAUUUAUGUGUUUUGAUUUUGCCAGCCCGCGCACUGCAUGGAUUCCUGUUAUUUUCUUUCAACUGUCCAACCUGCAGUAGGUUCAGGUUAUCAUGCUAAUGUUUGAUGAAAAUAUAAGAGGCCAGGAUGGAUUAAAUCUUUUAGUUUGGAAUAUUUUUUUACCACAUCAUGUUUUUAUCAAGUCUGUUGUAUAAUUAAGUGUAGAAUCGAUAUAUCUUCAAAAUUUUGUAUUCUAUUCUUCGCUUCUAUGAACUAUCGGUAAGUGGAUUUGGCGUGCGGUUAUUUAGGUGCUUAGAUAGUGGCCCUAGGCGUGGAGGUUCACCAGCUCUGCCACAAGGUUGGAUGCUCCAGUGAUGACCAAAUUUACCUUCAUUGUCGUUCCAAUUCCUGAAAGCAGCUCCUGUGAGAUGCUGCACACCAAGUGGAGAUGAAGAGACAUCUGAGGAGCCUAGUUCAUUUCUUAAAUAGAUUAAUGAUUUGGGAACUCUUGUUUGUCAGUUGCUUCUUUCGCACUGCACUGAAUCUGCUUCAUUUUGGUUGUGUACUCCUGUGAUGACUGAAUUCACAUCCUAUAUCGUUCCAAUUCCUGAAAGCAGCUCCUGUUGGGAUGCUGCAAAUCUUGUGGAGAUGAAGAGACAUCUGAGGAGCCUAGUUUCUCUUUAUUUAUUUAUUUAUUUUUGGGAUUUUUUUAUCAGUUUCCUUUGAUUUUAUUUGUAGUUUUCAAACUAUUUUAUGCUGUUGAAGUUUGGUUUAAUAUGAUGGUACAAACAGGUCUGAAGCAUUAGGGCCUGUUUGCACUGAAGAAAUUUCACGUAAAUUUUGUAGAAAAUAACACUUGCCUUUUGGUUUUCCUGUGGGUGUUGUUGAAAUUUUGCUUUGCUAUUUGGGCGCAACAUUCAAACAUGCACGAGUGAUUGGGACAAGCCACUGUGUGGAUUCAUUCUGUUAGUUCAUCAAUAGAAAUGCCAGAUGUUGAAAUGUUUGGGGACACAAUACCAUUUUUAUCUAAUCCACUACUAAUAUAUGUUAUUUACAUGUUUGUCUUUCUUAAGCUAUAGUUUAUCAUUUGACAAACCAGCAUUUUGUUUAUUACAUAUGAGGGCAGAUUAUGAUAAACAAUGCAAAAAAAAAAAAAAACUCUCUGCAGGUGUCCUUUCCAGUCCUCCAUUGGCAGCCAGGUUGUGAGUCAUGAUGCAAGGUACAGAGAUAAGAUUGAAGCUGGAAAACGUAUGCAUGCUUAAUUGAUCUCAAUUACGGUCCACUAAGAGUAUUUGUGAGUCACUAUGCAAGGUACAGAGAUAAGGUUGAAACUGGAAAUGUAUGCCUACUUAAUUGAUCUCAAUUAUGGUCCACUAAGAGUACUUGUCCUUGUUCGUGAGUCGCCACACAAUGCUUGCUGUGAAUCGAUGUGGUGCAGUUCCAUGGAGUAAUGUGAACCACAGAUAUUUUCGGAAGAGCAUGAUUACAUGCUGGCGGGCAGGAUCGCCGUCUCCAACCUGCACAAGAACACCAUGAAAUCCUUCUCAGAGACGGUAAAGGUUCUGUAUAUGCAUUGCGAUGAGAGGUCUGGCUUGAUGGCUCCCAUGAUUGCUGAUGAUGUCUACGAGAUCGUAAUGAAGAAUGCUGCUCGCUUGGACAGUGAGAUAAAUUAUGACCGAGAUUUCGACUAUGAUUAUUUUGGUUUUAAGACGCUUGAGAGGUCUUAUCUGUUGAAAGUUGGUGGAAAGGUCGUGGAAAGGCCACAGCAUAUGUUGAUGAGAGUUUCUGUUGGCAUACAUAAGGAUGAUAUUGAAUCUGCUGUCAGAACAUACCACAUGAUGUCUCAGCGCUGGUUCACUCAUGCUUCCCCGACCCUUUUCAAUGCUGGCACUCCAAGGCCCCAGCUAAGCAGCUGCUUCCUUAUCUGCAUGAAAGAUGAUAGUAUUGAGGGAAUUUAUGAUACUCUCUCAGAAUGUGCUGCGAUAAGCAAAUCUGCAGGAGGAAUUGGUGUAUCAAUUCACAACAUUCGAGCUACAGGGAGUUACAUUCGAGGAACAAAUGGAACUUCUAAUGGAAUUGUUCCUAUGCUGCGUGUUUUCAAUGAUACUGCUCGUUAUGUUGAUCAAGGUGGAGGCAAGAGAAAAGGUGCAUUCGCUGUUUAUUUGGAGCCUUGGCAUCCUGAUAUCUUUGACUUCCUUGAUCUAAGGAAGAACCAUGGAAAAGAGGAGAAUCGUGCAAGGGAUCUUUUCUAUGCUCUGUGGGUUCCUGAUCUAUUCAUGGAAAGGGUACAACGCAAUGAACAGUGGUCACUGUUUUGUCCCAAUGAAGCUCCAGGUUUGGCUGAAUGCUGGGGAGAUGAGUUUCAGAAUCUGUACCAUAAAUAUGAAAGAGAGGGCAAGGCAAAGAAAGUAGUUUCAGCGCAGGCCCUCUGGUUUGAUAUUUUGAAGGCACAGAUAGAAACUGGAACACCCUAUAUGCUUUAUAAGGAUGCUUGCAACAGAAAAAGUAACCAACAAAAUCUUGGCACAAUCAAGUCCUCCAACCUGUGUACUGAGAUUAUUGAGUAUACCAGUCCUUCUGAAACUGCUGUAUGCAACCUAGCUUCAAUUGCCUUGCCACGUUUGGUGAGGGAAAAGGGUGUUCCUAUAGAGUCCCAUCCAGCUAAGCUUGUUGGUAGCAGUGGGUCAAAAAAUAGAUACUUCGACUUUGAUAAAUUAGCAGAGAUUACUUCGACUGUUACAUAUAAUCUCAACAAAAUCAUUGAUGUUAGCUAUUAUCCCAUUGAGAGUGCAAGGAGGUCAAAUAUGAGGCACAGGCCAAUUGGGAUAGGCAUUCAAGGAUUGGCGGAUACUUUUAUUUUACUUGGAAUGCCAUUCGAUUCACCAGAGGCCCAGCAGUUAAACAAGGAUAUUUUUGAAACUAUUUACUAUCAUGCUUUGAAAGCUUCUGCUGAUCUUGCUGCAAAAGAAGGCCCUUAUGAAACAUAUGCUGGGAGCCCUGUCAGCAAGGGCAUUCUUCAACCUGAUAUGUGGAAUGUAGUGCCAUCUCACAGAUGGAACUGGUCAGCAAUAAGGGAGGUGAUUUCUCAAGUUGGAUUGAGGAACUCUCUUCUUGUUGCUCCUAUGCCCACUGCUUCCACUAGCCAAAUUCUUGGCAACAAUGAGUGCUUUGAACCGUACACAUCAAAUAUAUACAGUCGAAGAGUUUUAAGUGGUGAGUUUGUCAUAGUAAACAAGCAUCUUCUCCAUGAUCUGACUGAGAUAGGCGUCUGGUCUCCUAUUCUAAAAAACAAGAUAAUCUAUGAGGAUGGUUCUGUCCAAAAGGUUACCGAGGUCCCAGAUGCUCUAAAAGCAGUUUACAAGACUGUUUGGGAGAUCAAGCAGAAAACUAUUGUUGACAUGGCUGCUGAUCGUGGUUGCUAUAUCGAUCAGAGCCAGAGCCUCAAUAUUCACAUGGAUCAACCAAACUUUGGAAAGCUAACUUCGUUGCACUUCCAUGCUUGGUCGAAGGGCCUUAAAACAGGGAUGUAUUGCCUAAGAACACGUGCUGCGGCAGAUGCAAUUAAGUUUACAGUAGAUACUACUCUCCUCAAGGAUAAGCAACAAACUUCAGAGGAAGAGGAUGUCCAGGCUAAAAUGGCCCAGGUGGUCUGUUCCUUGAACAACCGGGAUGAGUGCUUGGCAUGUGGAAGUUAGAUCCGCCCAAAUCACGCCUCAUGCUGACCCAGACAAUCUUUUACUAGCUCCAUGGCAUUGUAUCUUCUGCAAGCGGCCUGCGCAUGAACCCCGUACUGUGCGAGUACCAAGCUAGCCUUUGUUACCAGAACUAGACUUGUGUACUCAUGCUUAUGCUAUUGUAAAUAUAUAGACCAUGCAUCUAAUAUUAAUGUAAAAUAGUAUGUGGUAUCAAUGAUGUAGCCGACAACUGGAUGUCAAGCAGAAUGUGCAGAUGUGGCAAAUCAAACUAGAUUCCUGAA